GGCGGCCUCAGCCCGGAAAUGACGGCGCGGCCAAGAUGGAGCCGACCCGACCCGCACUGGACGGGUUUAGGAGCCGUUGCUGUGGACGGAGAGAUGGGGACGUGAGCGGCCAUUGAGGAUGGCCAGGGUGUAGGUGAGCCGCCACCCCCCCCCCCCCCCCACUCGGUGUGUGGGCCGAGCUUCAAGGGCUGAGCUUCGAUGGAGAACCACAUGACGGGGCACCACAAGGAGAGGCGUUAUGAGUGCGACGUAUGUGGCAAGGCCUGGAAGUAUCCGAGUCAGCUGGAGAUCCACCGGCGGGUGCACACGGAAGAACGCCCCUUCAACUGCACGGAGUGCGGCAAGAGUUUCAAGAGGGCGGAUGUCCUGAAGGACCACUGGCAAGUGCACACGGGCGAGAAGCCCUAUGGCUGCUCCACAUGCGGCAAGAGCUUUACCCAGUUGUCGGGGCUACGGGAGCACCAGCGGGUGCACAGCAGUGAGCGGCCCUUCACCUGCUCUGACUGCGGCAAAGGCUUCAAGUCGUCCACGGACCUGAAGUUGCACUGGCGGUUGCAUACCGGGGAAUUGCCCUUCACCUGCAGCGAUUGCGGCAAGGGCUUCACCCGCUCCGACAGCCUGCGGGUGCACCAGCGCACCCACACCGGCGAGCGUCCCUACACCUGCACCCAGUGUGGCAAGGGGUUCACCCACUCCGGCAACCUGCUGAGGCACCAGCGCACCCACACCGGCGAGCGUCCCUACACCUGCACCCAGUGCUGCAAGGGCUUCACCCAAUCCAGCAACCUGCUGGUGCACCAGCGCACCCACACCAGCGUGCGCCCCUACACCUGUACCCAGUGCGGCAAGGGCUUCACCAGCUCCACCCGGCUGCUGUCCCACCAGCGGGUGCAUGCCGGCGACAGUCCCGUCCCCAGCCCGGUGUGUCGAGAGCGCUUUGCCAUGUCCUCCCACACCCUGUCUCACCAGCAAGUGCACAGCAGUGGCCAGCCCUAUGACUGCACGUUCUGUGGUGAGGCGUUUGACAACUCGCGGAGGUUGCGGCAGCACCGGCGGGCCCAUGCCGGCGAGCAGCUGCUCCCACUGUGACAAGAGAGCACCAGCGGAUACACACCAGAGAGAGACCCUUUGUGUGCGCUGAGUGUGGCAAGGGCUCACCUGCAUGUCCAGCCUUUUUUUAAAUGUUAUUUUUUUUUUUUAAUUAGAAGUACAAUACUGUGGUACCUUUUUUCAGGUGCCAAAUAUAUGUCAGCAUGGUACAUUCUAUGUACAGCUUCAUUUUUUAUUUUUUUAUUUUUUUUAAAAGAGAGAGAGAGAAAGAGAGACUUGGUAAUAGAGAAUAGAAAAACAUGUGAUGUAUAGUGUGUGAGAAAGAAAAAGAAAAGAGAGUGAGGAAAAGAAGUAAAAAAGAAGAAAGAGAGAAAGAAAGAGUAGAAAAUAGGAGAUAGGAGAUGAGUUUUAAAUUCUUGACCAUCUUUCACCCAGUCCUGAAACAGUUGGUUUUUACGAUUUUGUUGCACCAUAUCCUUCCAAGAUGUCAAUAAAUGGAGACCAACUCGUUAAGAAUUGGUCUUGUUUAUCUGUUAGGAGGAAUUGCAUUUCUUCAAGAUGUGCUGUGUCCAACAUAUUUAUAAUCCGCAUUUUCAGCAUUGGUAUGGGUGUAUUUUUCCAAAAUUUGAGUGUACGUUUUUUUGCUAUUAUUAACCCAUAAUUAAAAAAUGAAUUUUGAAAUGUG